AUGGACGCAACCCGAAACCUUCACAUCGAGACCCAACCUCGCGACACUUACCUCGUCGGCGACUGCGAGGACCAACGUGGCGGCUGGCACCACAGUCGUCUCCGGCUGGACUCCUGCCUCGGCGAUAAUGAAGGCCGCUUCGAAUGGGGAGGAAAUGAGUUCACCGAGCACGCGACCAAUAUCAGAUUCAAUCCUGAAGAAGGUGCCAGCCGGGUUCCGGUGCUGCGAGCUGACCUUCGCGACUCGUCUGGUAAAUACCAGCGUAACAAGGAUGUGAAUCUGGCGGAGAGGAUUAAUAAUCGUGAUGGCAACCUCGAGUUCCAUUGGUAA